AUGACUCCAAGGGAUCGCCGCAUCCUAUCAUUCCCGGCGGUUCACCCCUGCGAUGGCAUAUCUCCGCCCACACUUCUCGCCUCACUCAUCACUCUCUCCCAAACCGUAUGCAAUUUCCAACCUCGAUUCUUCCUCACCCAACGUCACAACGCACGAGAAACGAUACGCCAAAUUGGCAUACUCUUAAUUCUCCUUCAAGAAAUUCGAGACCGCGCUUUAUCAAUCCCUAACUCCACCCUCCUCUGCCUCGCAGAACUCCACUUUGCCUUACAAAAGAUCCACUUCUUGAUGCAAGAUUGCACACUCGAAGGCGCGCGCCUAUUAAUGCUCGCCAAAUCGCAACACGUCGCAUCCCAGUUCCGCGCCCUCAUUCGCGCCGUCGCCACCUCCCUCGACGUUUUGCCUCUUCACCAGUUCGAUGUGUGCGCAGAAGUCAGGGAAUUGGCGGAGUUAGUUACGAGGCAAGCGAGGAAAGCCAAGUUCGAAGUGGACCCCAGCGACGCUCGUGCGUGCAAAACCCUCCAUACUGCUCUGCGCCUGUUCGCGAGGGGAACCGAACCUGACAACAGUUCCAUUCAGGGAAUCAUUGACUACCUCGAAAUUAGAACCUGGACGGAUUGCAGUAAAGAGAUUAAUUUCCUAGAAGAAGAAAUCAGCUUAGCGUGUCGCGAUCGUGACGAGCGAGAGGUUCCGUUGAUCAGUAGCUUGGUAGGGUUCUUAAGUUACUGCAGAGGUGUGAUUUUCGAAACCAUGGAAGACACGAAUCAAUCCGAAGGGAGAUGCAGCACGGAGAUGACACCGUUAUCUGUAUCAUUACUAACGUCUGUUAAUCCAGAGGAUUUCCGCUGCCCGAUCUCCCUCGAGUUGAUGACCGAUCCGGUGACGGUGUCAACGGGUCAAACCUACGACCGAGCCUCCAUUCAGAAAUGGCUCAAAGCUGGGAACACCACAUGUCCCAAAACAGGGGAGAAGCUAACAAACACAGAGUUGGUCCCCAACACAACGCUCAAGAGGCUCAUCCAACAGUUCUGCGCCGAUAACGGCAUUUCACUCAACAACCCAUGUAACAGUAACCGCAACAUCGGCGCAGUUAGUCCCGCGGCGGCGCACGCCGUGCAAUUCCUGGCGUGGUUCCUGACGCGGAGCCUGGCAUUCGGAACGCAAGAACAGAAGCGCAAGGCAGCGUAUGAGAUUCGCGUGCUUGCAAGAACCAGCAUUUUCAAUAGGGCUUGUUUGAUUGAAGUGGGAACAGUGUCUCCUCUACUAGAACUUUUAGCUUCUGCAUCUAACGACAAAUCCACUCAAGAGAACGCAAUAUCCGCUCUAUUGAAGCUCUCUAAACAUCCGAAUGGACCAAAAGAUAUCAUUUCCAGUGGUGGCCUAACCGUAAUUCUUUCCGUGUUGAAAAAUGGAGUUAGCAUAGAAGCUCGUCAAGUAGCUGCUGCUAUCAUGUUUUAUCUCUCUUCGGUGAAAGAGCACCGGAAAAUAAUAGGUGAGAACCCCGAGGUGAUUCCGGCUUUGGUGAAGCUAGUUAAGGAAGGAACAACCUGCGGGAGAAAGAACGCUGUGGUUGCGCUUUUCGGGUUGCUUUUACUUCCUAAGAAUCACCAAAGGGUGGUCGCUGCAGGUGCGGUUCCUGCGCUGCUUGACAUUUUGGCUUCUUCGGAUAAGGAGGAGCUGGUUACUGAAUCAUUGGCGGUUCUUGCAGCGCUGGCUGAGAAUGUUGAUGGGGCGCGGGCGAUAUUGAAAGGUUCGGCGUUGGUGUUGAUUACGGGUACGCUGCGUUCUGCCACGUCACGCGCGGGAAAAGAGCACUCUGCUUCGAUUUUGUUGUCGCUUUGCGUGAAUGUUGGGGCGGAGGUGGUGGCGGUUCUGGCGAAGGAUCCUUCGGUGAUGCCUGCGCUAUAUUCGCUUGUGACGGGUGGGAGUUGUCACGGUGCGAAGAAAGCGCGGUUCCUUAUCAAAGUUAUACAAGAUUUCCACGAGACUAGAACUUCUGGACUCAAGGGUUCCUCUCCUCCGCAGGAACCAGCGCUUCACGUUUGGUGA